AUGGACCCGCCUUCGGUUCCACCACCCCCUCCUCCCCCGCCGCCGCUGAACGCGCCGCCACCGCUGAACAUUCCUCCUUCACGGGCCAGACUCCAGCUGGCGGCUCGGCUGGCGAUGCACCAGAAAAACAGCCAGGCCACGCAGUCGAGCUCUGGGGCUCUGCAUCAUGUCGAUGACGACGACGAUGACAACCCUUCGGAUCCUUUUGCAGACACGGAGGAAGACAUGGACGACGAUGACGACGACCAGGACGAGCGUGGUUCUUGGUGGCGAGGCGUGGUGAGAACCAGGGAGAAGACAGAUGGUAAUGAGUCUGAUGAUGAGCGUGACGACGACGACGAUGAUGAGUUUGGAGAUUUUGCCAUGGCAGAAGAUGAGCGGACGACUGGGGGCGAUGAUCACAGCCUUGUUUUGAGGCCGUUGGCUGUCAACCCAGCAAAGGAGGGGAACACUCGAGGUCUAAGCGGUCUGUGGCCGUUUGGGCUAUCCAAGGUCGAGAAGGAGAAGGAGGCAGAGAAGCUGGAGUCUAACGAGGCCGGAUCUGCAGGGGUUGGGGACGAUGCGGGCGAUAACGACGACAAGAAGGCGGUUGAGGUCAAGGAGGCAAAGAGGCGAACGAGCAUCGAGGACCCGGAUGAUGACGAGGUUGUCAUUUGA